GGUGUGGGCGGCGCGGCGCAGCACGCAGUGCGCCGCUGGCUGCGGGCCAGGCUUCAACACUCGCCGCUCCGGCCUCCUGACCUGACGCGACGAUGAAAACGCAGAGCGGAAGUUGGCGGUCGCUGGCUGCCGUGUUGGUGGCGCUGCUGGCGGUCCUGGCGGUGCCCUGCCUCUGCGAGCUGCCAGAGCUGGAGUGCCCCGAGGAGUGCGACUGCCACUACUUCCGCAUCAACUGGGUUACCGACUGCUCCGGCUCCAACCUCACCGCCGUGCCCACGCUCGAAGAGGGCCUCAGCAUCAAUGUCUACAUCCUCAACAUGAACGACAACGACUUGUCCGAAGUCCAGACUUUCCCUCCCGGCAUCAAGCUACGCACGCUCGAGAUUGCUGGCAACAACCUCACUGAGCUCAAGAGAGAAUACGUCCAGGGGCUUGGCUACCUGCUGGAUGCAGACUUUUCGAGCAACAAGAUCGCCAGAGUCGAUCCCGAUGCUUUCCGGGACAGUCCCGGCUUCAUCACAUUGGACCUGCGUAGAAACAGGCUGCAGCCGGUGGACUCUCCGUUCCUGGUGUCACGCACGCUGAUGACGCUCGACCUGAGCGAGUGCGGCCUGACUCGACUGUCGCCGCAGUUCUUCACAAACCUGACAUCGCUGAGCCGCCUCGACCUGUCCGGGAACCCGCUGGGCACGCUGCUUCCUGGCAUCCUGGACCCUCUCACUGUGCUGGAGACGCUCUACCUCAGCAACUGCAACCUGUCUCACCUGUCCGACACGGCCUUCGCCCAGCUCGCGCACCUCAAGACGCUGGACAUGUCCUACAACCGCCUGACCCUUGUCGACUGGACGCUGGUGCUGGGGCCGAUGCGGCUGCUGGAAACGCUCAUCCUCCGGCGCUCCGCCAUCACUUACUUGCCUGCAGACGCCUUUGCCAACAACACAUACUUACGAAAUCUUAUACUGGGGGAAAACGAGUUGCGCGACCUGGACGUCGGAACCACACUCGGACACAAUUUACUCUACCUCGACACUCUAGAUCUGACGAAUUGUCAUCUGCACGGGCCGCUCGCCGAAAAUCCGUUUACUAACGCGACGAAGCUGCGUACUCUAAUGCUGUCAGGUAACCACCUGUCAUCAGAAGUACUCGGACAGGCGCUCGAGCCGCUGGCCAGACUUCAACGUCUCUAUCUCAGUAAUUGUAGCCUCACACAGCUCCCACAAAAUACUUUCGACAACUUAACCUCGCUUCACGAACUGGACAUAUCUUCCAACCCUCUCAAUGACGCCUUUACGGGGAUUCUCUCACCUCUCGAAUCGUUGGAGGUUCUCAACAUGGCGAACAGUAAUCUGUCCCAUAUUUCGGCCAAUAGUUUCUCCAAAAUGACACAUCUGAAGCGCCUAGUCCUGUCUAACAACCCACUUACUGAUUUGGAAUACGGCCUCUUCCAGAAUUUGACCAAACUCGAGGUACUGGAGCUCAACGACUGCGGCUUGCAGCAUCCGCCCGACGCACAAGUGUUUUCGAAUGACCAGUCUUACACGAAUCUGCAAGAACUGCGACUGGCUGGCAAUCCACUAAUUGUGGAGGAGGGAGAGCCUCUGUUACCCCGACAGUUCUCCGGCCUACGAGUCCUAGACAUCAGCCGCUGCAAUAUAACUCAGUUGCCGCGCGAUCUCUUCGUGUCGACACCGAACCUGACGACGCUCAUCCUCCGAGGUAACUUGCUAGGCUCCCGCAGCGGCGGCGAACUGAAGGCCGACUUCCUGGAAACCAUACCGAGCCUCGAAGUUUUGGAUCUGAGUUACUGCAACUUGUCCAAAAUAUCUCCGCGCACUUUUGCCCACAGCCCCAACCUUUCGACCCUGCGCCUCACGGGCAACCCGUGGAAGUGCGACUGCUACAUCGCCGACAUGUGGAACUGGGCGAACGUGGGCAAGGGCAACCUGGCGAUCCUGGAAGGGUUCACGGUGCCGCCGGAGACGAAGCCGCGGCGCAAGGGCCUGCUGUGCCACUACGAGCCGGGCAAGCAGCGGCCGCGCGCCGCCAGCCGCAUCCGCCACCGCGAGCUGAGCAACGAGCGCACGUGGGCGCGCUUCGUGCGCGAGGCGGGCUGCGAGCUGACGCCGCCCGCGCGCGGACCCGCUGGGCGGCGCGAGAGGCGCUCGGCCAGGCAGGCGGGCGGCCACGGCGCGCUGAGGCCCGCGUUCGCGCUGCCCACGGCCGCCGCCCUGCUCGGGCUCGCCGCCGGCAUCGGCGCCUUCUCCUUCCUCAGGUCCCGCCGACACGCCAAGCACUGA